AAGGAUACGGGGCGACAAGUUGCCUAGUUGUUGUCGCCGUGGUCACUGCGAGUCAUUUCCAAAUGCAGCCGAGCCUUAAACCAAGAAAGGUCGCCGCGGUGGACCUUUAAAGUGUCGAGGUGGGUGACACGUGCACGCCGUCCCUAGUAGGUACUACUGUCCCUGCGCGCGACGUCCGCCUACGCCAAACAGCGUCAACUUCACAGCUGAUACAAACAAAACCUCCGGCAAAGUAAAAAAAAAAAAGAAAAGCCAAAACAAAAAAGGAUUUCCUGCUGUGGAUACUAGCUCCAAGUUCCUGCACUUGGAGAUUCAACAAGAUAACACCGCACUUGCUGGAGUUGAAGAGCGGAACCUGCUCAUAUUAAGGCGUGGGGAGACUCGGCGUUUGGAAGUGGAGAGACUUGGAUCACGCGUGUGCUGAGCCAUGGAGGUCGAUAAUUCAAUGAAAUUUACCGCGCUGUCACUUACUUUGCUUUGGGGGCUUUCAGGUGUGUGGGCCCAGAUUCAGAUGCCUACCCCCCAAUUGGAGGUGAGGAAAGGGCAGACGGCGACUCUGCAGGCCUGGUACACCCCCAAGCAGGGCACUGACAUCAGCCUCAACACCAUCACCUGGACCUUUGUCACCAACAGCACAAAGCUGAUCAUCUCCUACACCAAGGACUCGGUCAGCAUUGGGAAGUCCCAGUUCAGAGGCCGCCUGGGCUUCACCCAGGCCAUGCCCUCCGCCGUGGUCUCCCUGUUAAUCAACAGCACCCAGGAGGCCGACUCGGGCCGCUUCCUGGUUCAGGUCAUCAUCCCCGGGGAUGAUGACAUGACCGCCGAGCUCCGACUCAACGUCGUCGUGCCCCCGGCCGUCCCCCAGUGCUCCAUGGCAGGCAAGCCGGUGCAGAAGGGCAAUGUGACGCUGAGCUGCCGGUCCGGGGAGGGCAAGCCGCUCCCGAUGUACAAGUGGAUCAAGACCAACCCCACCUCUGAGGUGUUCUUCUCCCCCAUGCUGAACGAGCGGACCGGCACGCUGCGGCUGAGCAACCUGAGCAGCUCCAUGUCGGGGAAGUACGAGUGCACGGCCCGGAACACGGUGGGCUCCGAGAGCUGCUUCAUCAACCUGCAGAUCAGCUCCACCAACUCGGGGAUGAUCGCCGGGGCAGUGGUGGGCGCGCUGGUGGGCUUCGUCAUCCUGCUCGUCUUCAUCUUCUUCCUGCUGAAGAGGAGAAGAGAUAAUGAGGAGGAGAUCGCCAACGACAUCAAAGAGGACGCCCAGGCCCCCAAGCGAGUGUCCUGGGCCAAGAGCGGCAUGGGCUCAGACAUCUUCUCCAAAAACGGCACCCUGUCCUCCAUCAGCUCCAGCCGGCACCCCAAGGAGCCCUUCCACGCCAGCAACCACCACCACCAGCCGCCCCCACCCCAGAGCCACAGCCUGCAGCAGUACCCCCAGCGCCCGGCCUCUGACACCGCCUCCAUCAACACCGCUACGGGCAGCAUCGCCGGCUACCGGCCCCCCCAGCAGCAGCGCCACCAGGGGGGCGCCUCCACCCCCACCCAGUACGGCGCCUACAACGGCAACGGGGCCACCCUACCCCGGGACCAGUACCCGGACGGAGCCCCGCAGGAGCCCAGGGCGCACGGGGAGCACCCCCAUAGCGGCACCCUGCCCCUGGGCCACACGGAGAGGCCCACCAGGCUGCCCCAGGCCCAGCCGCUGGCCCAGGGCUACGGCCAGGCCCAGGGCUACGGCCAGGGCUACAGCCAGGCCCAGGGCUACGGCCAGGCCCAGGGCUACGGCCAGGCCCAGGGCUACGGCCAGGGCCAGGACUACGGCCAGGGCCAGGACUACGGCCAGGGCCAGGACUACGGCCAGGUGCAGUCCGCCCAGCCCGCUCUGCUUCCUAUCCCCCGGCCCCCCGCCCUGCCCACCUCCGUCAUAUCCGCCUCCAACAUUGCCCGCAUGGGGGGGGUGCCCAUCAUGGUGCCGGCUCAGAACCAGGCCGGAUCGCUCGUGUGAAGAAAUGAAGAAAUAAAUAAGGUCAAAAUUACUUGAACGGCAAGUAAAAAAAAAAAAAAAAACAGCCAUGGAAGCCUGCGUUUUUUGUUAUGGUUUCAUCGUUUUCCUCCAGUGAGUGGAACUGUGGAGCUUCACUGCUGGUAUUCCACUGAGAAGGCAUUCACAAAGACACAGAGAAUGUCGGUUUGAUGUCUUCCAUGCAAACAGCUUUGUUCCAUUAUGAUGAAUAAUCAAAUGUUUGCCUAAAACAUGAAAACUGCAACUUUAUUUUUUUCUACAAUAUCCACCAAUGAAGAUAGAACUUUGUCCAAGAUUGUAACAAUCCUUCAAGUUUCCAAAAAACUGCAUCAAAAUUCCACAUAGUUCUGCAGAAUUGUACUAGUUAAUGUUUAUCGACUGCCUUUUUAUGUGACUUCACUGUCUGGCUGACAAAAUAAAAAAAUGUAAACGCCAUCCUAUGGUUAGUUGUAUUAGGGUCAUUACACUGUAAGUUUAGAGUCUAGCUAUACAAAGACGGUCAAAUGAAUGAAGGGGCAAAUCUAUGCUGUUUUAUAGUUGGUCGUGUGUAACUUUUCAAAAGGGGUCGACUUGGCGGAGGAUGAUUUCCUCAGGGUUGAUCCAUUAUUCACCAUUCUGGGCCGUGCUAGGUGUGAAGACAGCUGGACGCAUAUGAUAACAUAAACACACGCCAUAUUAAUUAUAUAUUAUAUAUUUUCCUGUGAUGGUUGUGUCGGAUUAUUUGGAACACUGGAGCAAAAUAUAUUUUAAAAUGUGUCUUUAUCAUUAAUCUUUUUUUAUUGUUAUUUCUUUCAUUAAUAUUCUGAGGAUGAUGCAUCCAGGAAGAUAAACAGGAUCUUCAUUUGUAUACACUCCUUUUACUCUUCACACGAAUGGUCCAAUAUUGUGUACAUACUAGCAGUGUACAUUAUAUAAAUAUGACAUAUAUUCAAGCCUUUAUUUUUAUACUGCAACGUAUGGUAAGUGAUUCAAUUUGAUGGAAGACAAACCAAUGUCCCAAAUAAAUGUAUAAUUACUCGGUUGUCAAAUUACAUACAAAUGUUGUCCAACCUAAUAUUAUACUGUAUCCUUAAGCUGAACAUGUAGAAUACGAGCAGUGUUUAUAUGUUCUUUCUGUAUUUAUGUCCAAGUCUUUGUAUAAUUUUUUCAAUUAAAAGAGAAUUGUUGGUCAAUUUGUCGUUAUUUGAACCAUACAAUAGCUUUUAAAAAUAUGUUAUAAGAAAAAAGAAAUGUCAUCUUUAUCACCAAUUAUAUGUAAAAACAUUUAAGACAAAAUACUUAAUUUGUCUUCAUGUGUUUCAACGCUUACUAACAGGUGCAUGUGGACUUUUUUUAACCGUAUAUCUUUUGUAUUAAAAGGUGCAGUGCUUGGACCCUCCAGGAGAGGGCGCCAGAUUACACAAAGACUGCCUUGGGUUUUCUUGAAACUGCUUAUUAUUCGUUUUAUUUGAUUCAUUGUUGGUUGUAUCCUCCUUUGGUCUAUUUAGGUGGGUGCCGCAAGAAGCGCUCAAACAUUGUAAUAUAUUGGCUUGAAUAUAUAUGAUAUAUUAAUUAAAUUUUAAGCCAAUCAGAUCGCUCAGAUUAUUUUCGAUCUUUUCUUUCGCCACUCACAUCGCUCUUAAAAAUAUAUAUUUUAAGCAAAUCACAUUGCUCGAAAAAAUUAAAAUCACUUUGCAUUACAGCAUUCACCGCAUUUUCUGCAGAAAAUUCUCUUUUCAAAUGCCAUUCAUAAUGAUGACCUUACACACGCAAUGAUGAAACAACAAACAAAAUGCCAAAACAAAAACCACUCGCAUGACAUACGGGUAUACUGUUUAUUAGAAUAGGCGAUUAGCAAUUAAACAUUCACCUACAUGGCUCAAAGAAGGGCAUAUAUGCUCAAUCUGUACGCCUCUUUAAUGAGCUUGUCCUGUCAGGAAAAAUGACAUUUAAGUUAAUUCUGUGAUCAACGCCCACAUGGUUUAGAUGGGGGAGGAAUGCAUUGUUUCAUAGAAAGAAAAAAACUAAAGUAUAAAAAAUCUGCAACAGAGUAUAUCAAAUAUUAAAUCCAUUUCUAACAGAAAUUACAAAAACGAAAAAAAAACAUCAGAAGAGCACUGGAUAUUAAUAUCUUGGCAAAAAAUUGGACAAACGAAACAAACAUCCGGCACCCGUAAUGUUUUCUAUUUCCCAUGGAACUACAGUA